CUUUUGCUUUUGCUUUUGCUUUCUGUGGACUGUUAGAUUGAAACAAACAAGUCAUUCAUACUAGAUUGAAUCUGAUUUCCUUGGUCUUAUUCUGGAUCUUUGAAAUCCCAUUUUCAUUUUGAGAACUUGAUGUCCCUCUCUGAUCCACUAAAUAUCAGCUUCUUUUAUUUCCCAUGAUUUGCUUUUAUGGGAGGUUUAAUGCCCCUUUGAUGAUUAGCCUUUAUUUGAUAACGCUCCUUGGUUCUUAACUGAGACACAACAAAUUAAUAGUAUCAGUUUUGUUCAUAUAUGGAAGUACACACUGUAAUUCCAUCUAUGAGAUGGAACACGAGCUUUCUUCUUUAUUUAAGUUUCUCGUUCAUCCUUUCCGGUUGAUGGUUUUUGAGUUGACUAGAGGAAAUUUUGUGAAUUCCUGAGAAAUGAAGCAAUCUAUGUCAUAUGAUACCAACAUUUUGUUUUAUGUUGAAGCAUAAAAAUUGGACUAGUGAGCAAGUGCACUGGAGCCGUUUCGUAUACUGUUGUGUAAUUGAUGUAAUCUAUGAUUUGUAUAGGGUAUUGCAGUACCAGUCGGAGGCUUUGAGCAUUAAGCAUGGGUUCAGGAGUUUGGUUUAAGAAUAUAAUCAGCAAAAAGAAGGUGAAGGGUGGGGAAUCAGGGAAAGUCAAGAGUUAUUCAUCCCUUGAACACAUAGAUGGCUGCAAAGAGGAUCUCUGCUCUCUCAAAGGGUGCAUCGCAGUAGCCAAUGGUGCUUGUCUUGACAAUCAGGGCAGUGUUGGUCUCUCCAGAGAAUAUGUUGCCGCUAGAAAGAUUCAGACUGCAUAUCGUGCACAUGCUGCACGGAAAAGUCUUCGUCGAAUGAGAGGAACUGUAAGGUUACAGAAGCUGGUGCAGUGUGAUUCCAUUAAGAAUCAAGCCUCGGCUACAUUGAGUCACCUGCACUCGUGGACCAAGACGCAGGCCCAGAUUAGAGCACGUCGUGCUAAUAUGGUUAUGGAAGGCCGGCUUAAGCAGAAGAAGCUGGAGAAUCAGUUGAAGCUAGAAGCAAAGCUUCAUGACUUUGAGGUGGAGUGGAAUGGUGGUUCUGAAACAGUGAGUGAAGCUCUUGCAAAAAUACAUCAUAGAGAAGAGGCAGCAGUGAAAAGGGAGCGAGCUCUGGCAUAUGCCUUUACUCAUCAGUGGAGGGCCAACACAAUCCCAAGUUUCGGACCAGGCAAUAAAGAACUCAGUAAAGAAAGCUGCGGCUGGAGCUGGAUGGAUCGUUGGAUAGCUGCUCGGCCUUGGGAAAGCCGAGUUGAAGCGCUUAACAGCCCCCAAAAAACACAGCUGACCUCCCGGCCCCCAAAACUGAUCUCUCCUAACGGAAAGGCAGUUAAAAAAAUCAUUUCCCCUACGAGGAAGGCGCCAGGAAAGGCCAAAUUGAUCUCUCCUAAUGGGAAGGCUGCCAGAAAUGCACGCAAACUGUCUUACGACGCAGCUGCUGUUAAAAAAGUGAGCGUGAAGAGUGAAGAGAAGGAAAAGAAGAAUGAAAAGGAAAGCUCUUAACUCCAGUUGCUUCAUUCUGAAGUGUUGCAGGAGAAGUUAGCAAAUGCAUAUGAUAUCAGAUCAACGGGAAAUCGAGUUUUGUUUACGGUUUGACUAGCUAAGUGUGGGCUGUGCAUUUGCAACAGAGUUUGUCAAAGGGGAAAAACUGAAGCAGAAAGAGGAUUUGAUCUGAGCUCGGCCUGCAGGAAAUACUCUCUUUUCUGUCUUGCUAAUACGCUGUGAUUUUUUAAAGUUAUUGUCAUAUAUUAAUAUAUGUAAUUAAUCGUUAAUUCAGUGUUUAUAUUUGGAAGCGUAUAUAUUUAUGUUGGUCUUGUACUUGGAAACCGAUGAAAGGAUUCUGUGGUGAGAUGGUUUCGUUUGUAAAUUGUAACUUACUAGUGUUUUUUGUUUAUGAAUUGCUCUCUGCAUCCUCCAAA